AUGAUUAGAAGGUUGGUGAUUCGACGUUUUUACAGUCCUCCAAGAUUAGCUAGGAUACCGUCGCGGAGGCCCUCAGGGGCCCAGCCAAAUCUCAGCUUUGAAACCAAUUCCAUCAUUCAAGUCAAUGACCCCAUUGCCACCACCAUAUUGAAUGAGCCCACCAUCGUUGUUGAGAGACAAAUUGAAAUGAUGAACGUGUUUCUUGGGUUCGAACAGGCAAACAAAUACGUGAUCAUGGACGCUCUGGGAAAUAGAAUAGGGUACAUGCAAGAAAGGGAUUUUGGGAUUACCAAGGCCGUGUUGCGACAAUUUUACAGGUUACAUCGACCCUUCCUUGUCGACGUCUUUGACAAUUGGGGAAACGUGCUUUUGACGAUCAAGCGCCCUUUCUCGUGGAUCAAUUCUCACAUAAAAACAAUUCUUCCACAACAAGCCGAUGUGGUGCGUGGAGAGUCUACUUCGCCCUCAAUAGUACAACCCUCUGCGUUCAGCGGUGGUCCCGUACCUCAAGGCGUAUCCAAUUUGGGAGAAGAGGGGACUUUGGUUGGUGAAAGUGUUCAAAAUUGGCACUUGUGGCGACGUCGUUAUGAACUGUUCCAGCGCGAUCAAAGCAAUGUCGACACUUUUGCACAGUUUGCCAAGAUCGACGCUCCGUUUUUGAGUUUUGAGUUCCCGCUAACCGAUCAAGAUGGCAGAAUUUUGGCCAGUGUAGACCGGAAUUGGGUCGGGCUGGGCAGAGAACUGUUUACCGAUACAGGAGUCUACGUGGUUCGCAUGGACUCAUUCCGCAGUUUCGAGGGCGUAUACCCGCGCGAACUGGUGAGCAAUCGCGUGUUAACUCUGGAUCAACGUGCCAUUUUGCUAGCAAAUGCCGUUUCUAUUGACUUUGACUAUUUUUCCAGGCAUUCCGGUCACAGUGGUGGGCUGAUCGGAUUUGGUGACUAUGGCGAAUGA